AUGGAAGCAGGAAAAAGGUUGCGAUCAAACACCCGGAGCCAGCCUUCUGGUCUUGAUCGAGUACGAUCAAUUCAGCGGAGAUUCUCUUCCAAGUACAAGUAAGUUUCUGGUGUUUCAAUAAGCCGUUAUUAUAUAUAAUAGUUACAGCAGCAGCCAAAAAAACUGCCAUUUUUGUGUGUAACUCUGCGCAAUCUGGAUGGAUUUGCACCCCGGGACUAAAAUUUGGAACAGUCUAGAUUUUCUUUGCGGCUUGAGAUCGGAGUUUCAUUUCUUUUCUAAUAGAAGCGCAAUCGGGGCUGAGGUAGUACAACCCCCCAGUCCAGUUCAGCCCCCUGGCUUAAAUCCGUCGAUGAGCAGAGUUACGCAAAAACAAGUAAUGACAGUGUUAUGGCAGUUACUGUAUACUAGUCGCACCAUAAAGUCCCGAUACAUUUGUCGCAUGCAAAAAUUAGAGCGAGCUCGCGCGAACGUGUAUGUCGCUAGUGCAAAAACGGGGAAUUGCCGCGACGGGCGCGAAAGAAAAACAAAAACGCACUGUGCAAUGUGUCAGGGCUUUAUAGCGCGACUAGUAUGUAUAAGGAAAUGUUUACAAAUUCCUUAGAGUAGAAAAUUUAUUUCUACGUAUCCGAUUAAAGAUUUAUGCAAGCAUAUAUAUGUCUCACCAGCAGCACCUUAUUUCGAUCACGUGCCUCUCUCUUCCCCUGCGCUGUUUUUUUGAGUCAAGUCUUACUCAAAGUCAGAGUCGACCCAUCUGGUCACGUUUGCCAUUUUUCUCGGGUUUUAUCUGUGUAGCCAUGUUCUGAAUCCGGAAUUUGUAGGAAGAUGACGUCUACAGAGCUGUCAAAGGCUGAUCGGGAGUUGAAAGCUCAAAUAAAGAUCGGCCAUUAUGUUCUUAAAGAAACUCUCGGAACCGGAACAUUCGGAAAAGUGAAAGGUAAGAUUGAGUGUCGCAGCAGAAAUAAACAAAGUCGGUUUCAGUGGGCAUCCAUGAAGCCACUGGAUACAAAGUGGCGGUAAAGGUCCUUAAUCGACAAAAGAUCAAAAUUCUUGAUGUUGUGGGGAAGAUCCGCCGUGAGAUUCAAAACCUUUCCCUCUUUCGCCAUCCGCAUAUAAUAAAAUUGUAAGAUAAGCCUCAUUUUCUAGAAGCGUUCAUUUAGGUAUCAGGUGAUAAGUACUCCAACUGAUAUAUUUAUGAUUAUGGAGUACGUAUCUGGCGGAGAACUCUUCGAAUACAUCGUCAAACACGGUCGGGUAAGUCUUGUCUGUUUCUACAAUACAUUCAUAUUUUUAGCUGAAGCCUAGUGAAGCUCGUCGGUUUUUCCAACAAAUUAUAUCCGGUGUAGACUACUGCCAUCGCCAUAUGGUCGUUCAUCGAGAUCUAAAACCGGAGAAUCUUCUUUUGGACGAACGAAACAACGUCAAGAUUGCUGAUUUCGGUAUGCCUUAGUAAACCUUUCUAACACAUUUUUAGGUUUGUCAAACAUAAUGACCGAUGGAGAUUUCCUCAGAACUAGUUGCGGAAGUCCAAAUUAUGCGGCUCCUGAAGUAAUUUCUGGGAAGUAAGAAAAUAAACCUGUUUAUUUUAUUUUUAGAUUGUAUGCUGGGCCAGAAGUGGAUGUAUGGUCUUGUGGUGUCAUCCUUUACGCUUUAUUAUGCGGUACUCUCCCUUUCGACGAUGAGCAUGUCCCAUCGUUGUUUAGGAAGAUCAAAUGUAAGAAAUUAGUCACUUUUUAAUUAUUCGAUUUGAAGCGGGUAUCUUUCCCAUCCCUGAUUAUUUGGAAAAAUCCGUUGUGAAUUUGCUUCUUCAUAUGUUACAAGUGGAUCCAAUGAAACGGGCUACAAUCAAGGAUGUUGUGUAUGUUUAAAGAUUGAUACUCAUUUCUUUUCAGAAAUCACGAAUGGUUUCGAGUGGAUUUGCCCGCUUAUUUAUUCCCUCCGAUUAACGAAAGCGAAGCUUCGAUUGUGGAUAUUGACGCUGUUAAAGAAGUCUGUUAUGUAAGUUGUCUCUUUCAGACUUACUUUUCUAGAGAUAUAAUGUAAGUGAGGAUGAAGUGACAGCUGCAUUACUGAGUGACGAUGCUCAUCAUCAGUUAAGUAUUGCAUACAAUCUCAUUGUCGACAACAAGAGGAUCGCCGAUGAAAGUAAGUGGUUUAGGGCGGGAAGCUUGGCCACUUUAAAAGUACGAGUUAGUAAGAUUAGUUUAAAUUAAACUAUAGUGCUUUUUACUUCUUCUUUCCCAUAUUAGUUGUAAUUUGAUUGGUCUGCAGUUGAACAUGGCUUCCAAUUGCAUCCCCUGGCUAUCCUACAAAAACAAGGGACUGGGCCGGUUGCUGAUCAGCCCGGAACCGUUUUCAUCCAUACUCUGCGGCAUGCAAAUCAACCCAAGACCGCGCCAGUGGGACUUUGCGGGGCUAUGGGCCAGGUGCCGCGGGGCCAAUUCUGCUCGCCUGACUGUGACAAGUGCCCUAAGUGGGGCGCCAAGGAAUGCCUGUUCAGUCUGCCACGACGAGAAUUAAAUGCGUGUGAUAUGUGUCCCAAACUGGGGGAAGAGGGGUGCCCGUUUCACAAAUCUCCAUCGCAGGCCAGCUGUAACGCCAAUCGAUGUUAGUGUAGCCUCUUUUACGCACGUUUUGUUUCCCAAUUUGUCUAACCUCCAACCCAUUAAUAAGCUUGCCUUCGCUUUAAAUUCAACUCUCUACCGCAGUCUAACCCUGAGAUUGUGUUGUGAUUUUGCUUUAUCUGACUAAAUGUUGUUUUUUAGCUGCAAAGCUUUCGAUAGAAGAGUUUUAUCACAUAACCCCAGCGAGCAAACUUCAUCAUGCUGACCAAGCUAGUCGACAUCCGGAGCGAAUGAAUCGUAAGUGAAGUGAAAACAAGCCAAUGAGUUGAUUUAGAAAGUUCCAAGAUAACAUCCACACUUGAAUAUAAAGAAAAUAGUAAUCAAAUCCAAACUAAUCACAAAUCUCCUCACGUGAAACGGGCUAAAUGGCAUCUGGGUAUUCGGUCGCAAAGUCGUCCUGAAGAUAUCAUGUACGAGGUCUUCCGCGCAAUGAAGUACCUUGACUUUGAGUGGAAGUUGUUGAAUGCGUAUCAUGUGGUAGUGCGGAAGAAGCCAGAGGAUCCGAACACUGAAGUGGUAAGUCUACCGUCAUAUGAUUGUCACUGUUUUCAGCCAAAGAUGAGCCUUCAAUUGUAUCAAGUGGACCAAAGAAGUUAUUUGUUAGAUUUCAAAAACCUUGUGGACGACGAGCCAGGAACGGUAAUAUCGGAGAAUCCGUCGUUUGCUUCUCGGCAUGCGUCAGUCUCAAUGCCAGUAAAGCCAUCUUUACGGAAUCAUCGAGCACAAUCCCUGCCUAUGCCGAUUGAAGUAAGUGAUCAAGUCGAGUAACAUUUAUUGCUCCCAUAGGUCCAAAAAGCAGCAGCCGCACAAGCACUUGAAGCUUCUAAUGCAACCAAACAAUCACAGACCAUGCAAUUCUUUGAGAUGUGCGCUGCCUUGAUUGGAGCUCUCGCACGAUAA